UCCAACUUUCAUGCGCAACUUGCUAGUACGUAGGUGAACGUCAAUUCAUUCAUUGAAUAAAUCCAAAUUGAUCGGUUUCUUUGUCUUCUAAUCUCAAACUUUACAUGCAACCAAUUGGUUCCUCUCCCUAAUAUCUUCACCAUAAUGUUUUAGUAUCUGCAUGGAACUAAAACUAUAUAUAAUUCCAAAACACUUUAAUCUCUUAUUUAAACCAAGCUAAAUAGGUAUUACCGGUACUUUUUGAUUCCAUUGUCAAGAACAAAGCAUAAUAAAAUUCUUUUGAUGGAAGGAAAACAAAAGGGUUCCAGUUACACUUUUCCACCUGGUUUUAGAUUUCACCCUUCUGAUGAGGAACUCAUAGUUCAUUACUUGCAAAAAAAAAUCAAAUCACUUCCACUUCCAGCUUCUAUUAUAGCUGAAAUUGAUCUAUAUAAGUAUAAUCCAUGGGAGCUACCAAAGAAGUCUUUGUUUGGGGAGGAAGAAUGGUAUUUCUUUAGCCCGAGAGAUCGAAAGUACCCAAAUGGAUUAAGGCCAAACAGAGCAACAGGUUCAGGAUACUGGAAGGCAACAGGAACUGAUAGGCCAAUUAUUUCUUCAUGUGGAUCAAAGCAUAUAGGAGUGAAGAAAGCUCUUGUGUUUUAUUCAGGUAGACCUCCUAAGGGAGCUAAGACAGAUUGGAUCAUGAAUGAAUAUAGGUUGAUUGACACAACAACAAAAUCUUUCAUGCUAAAAGGUUCCAUGCGAUUGGAUGAGUGGGUAUUGUGCCGAGUUCGACAUAAAGGCUAUUCAUCAAAGAAUUUAUCUGAAAAUCAAGAAAAUCCUUGUGAACCAAAUAUACCAGUAAACCUACAGACGAGUGAAGAACAUCCGACAAACACGAAGUUUCGAGCUGACAUGAUCACAGAUUAUCAAUACAAAGACUAUCAGAUCAUAGCCUCGAUUCUUGUUGGUGGAGUUAUACCUCCAAAUGAGAACAUGUCAAGUUUGAGCUUUAAGGGAAGCAAAGGCAACAACCUAACUUCAGAGUAUGAAGAAGGUUCCAAUAAAGUGAAUUCUCAAACUGCAAUCCCUUCUUUGGAAUGUUACUUCAACCCACUGAAAAGAAAAUCUAAUGAGGAUGAUGAUCAGUUUGAGAAUCUCAUUUCUUUUACAAGCAAGUUCAACACUGAGAACAAAAUAGACAAAUCUUUUAACAAGGUCUUGACCAAUAGAGAAUUGAACUGCUAUGAGAUUUUCAAUGGGAGCACACCAAAUCCUAGCAUCGAUUUUCAAGAACUAAAUGAAUUAAACUUUGCAGAAUGAUACCAGCAACAAUGAAGUAUAGAAGUAACCGGAACGACAAUGGGCCUCAAACAUUCAAGUGAAUUAUAGUUCUAUUUCUUUUAUGUGUGGUUAUAAAAUUAUUGCUACCUGCAACAUUUGGCGAAUAACUAGAUAUAGAAGUUUCCAAGUAUUCAUGAAAUUCUGUGACAACGAUGUGAAUAUUGCCAUGGCCAAAUAAACAAGCUUGUCAUUUGGCAAAUUAGUUUCUUAAGUGUGCAGUGUGUCAUUGUACAAGAACUUCAUAUCCUACUUAGCAAUGAUAACUUGUAAAUACAAUUUCUAUUCCUCCAACCUAUUGGAGGAGUUUCAUGUAAUUUCAACAAAAUCAUAUUGAACUGGGAAGAUUAUUUGUAA